AUGGCUUUAGUGAAGUCAUAUCUCACGAUGCAUACGUCGCAUCUGGUUAUUCUAUACUGCGACUUAAAGUGCCACUACGACCAAAGGGAAAAAGCGGAGCAGGCGGCCAAAAAAAUUUAUGCUGUUAAUGGACCCAAUACAGUAUCGAAUGCAACAGCAAAGUGGUGGUUCCAACGAUUCCGUUCUGGUAAUAUGGACGUCGAAGAUGAGACACGCUCUAGUAAGUCAAUCGUCGAAAAUGUCGAUAAAAUCGUGGAAAUCGUCGAGUCGGACCGGCAUACAAGCACUUAUUCCAUUGCCCAGGAACUGAAGAUUAGCCAGAAAACUGUUUGGAACCAUUUGCAUAAGCGGAUGGUGGCUGGCGAUGAAAAAUGGGUCACAUACGAGAACAACAGGCGAAAAAGAUCGUGGUCCAAGCGCGGUGAGCUGGUCCAAACGAUCGUCAAGCCCGGAUUAACGGCCAGGAAGGUUUUACUAUUGAAGAAGGCGAUCGACGAGAAGCGGCCAGAAUUAGCCAAUAGGAAGGGUGUUGUGUUCUAUCAAGACAAUGCUAGGCCGCACAUAUCUUUGACGACGCGCCAGAAGCUCUAA